AUGGUCUCUGAUGUUGAAUUCAGUGGGAAGCCUUUGUUUGUUUACGGAACCUUGAUGAGUGACAAGGUCUUCUAUAAGGUUCUCAGUGUGCUUGAAGGAGACAAAGUUAAGAAAUCUCAGUAUAAAUUGCUUCAUCGUGUAGGACUGAAAGGAUAUAAAAGAUGUCAAGUUCGCAAUGAACUGUACCCUGCUGCUAUCAAGUCGAUACAAGACUCUAUUGAAGGAGUACUGAUUUAUGGAUUGAGCAGUAAAGAUAUGAAAUACCUUGAUGAUUUUGAAGGUGAUGAGUAUGAAAGGGUCUCUAUUAGUGUGGAUGAUUCUGAUGGAAAUAGUAUAGAGGCUGAAUUUUACGAGUGGACUGCUGGUGAAGAAUACUUGAACAUUGGGAUUGAUUGGGAGCUGGAUGCUUUCAAAAUUGAUGAGUUCUUGAAGACAUUCUAA